UAAAGCCACUCCUUUCCCAGAACACAUUAGAGAUGGUUGCGAAACGGAGGCCAGAAAUAUGCACUGAAACCCUAUUUAGCUUUAAUAUUUUACAGCCCUUUUGACAUUGACAAUGGUUUCGUUUUGGGGAAUUUGGAGAUAAAAGGAGUUUACGUGCAUUUGUAUUAUAUGUCGCUUUUGUUUAAAACUCACAACUUCGCGGUGGCAGCUUCAGAAUAGGACUUUGGUAUUUUUUGUGUGACCCACAUCCGUAAUAAAGAUGUGGUCUAUGGAGGUCAGCAUCUUCUUUCUGUUCUGCUAUGUUUCUUUUUCAUCUGGCAAUGGGAGAGCGCGUUUUGUCUCCAAUAACUUUUACAACGUACUCAAGUGGGACCCCGUGAAGACUGGGGAAAAGGUGCUAUAUAGCAUCCAGUACAGGAGUGAUGCUGAGGAGGAAGCAUUUCAGAUGAAAGAGGAGUGUCAGAACAUUACUGCUCAAUCCUGUGACCUGACUGCAGAAACCCCAUCAGUUCCUGACGUUUACUACAAGGCUCGUGUGUACUCUAACGGCAGUUUACUUUACCAGACCAAAAGGUUUAAACCUAUAGCAGAAACUAUUUUGGGUGCACCAAUCUUGUCUACAUACACAACAGUGUCCUCCCUGCAUGUUAACGUCACCCUGCCCUUGGGGCCAAAAGGAGUCUCCGUUGCGGACAUCAUAUCCAGCAGCAAAAAUGGGCCUUCCGAAACUGUUAUUGUUUAUACCUUAACUAUCACCGAUCCAGAGGGGGCUGCACAGGUUAAUACAAACACAACUGGCCAGUUCGUCAUCAACUUGAAGAACAAACAAAAAGAGUACUGCGGAUAUGUGUUCUACCAGCCGUUUUCUGAAUGGGGUCGCCCCAACAGUAUGAAAGCCUCCUUCUGUGUCACACAGCCAGAUGAUCCUCUGAUGCUUUUGCCAUGGGUUCUCGUGAGUGCUGCUCUUCUGACGGCCAUAAUCAUAAUGGCAGUUGUGUGUAUGUGCAACUAUGCAAAGGGUGGAAUGGAAAAGAGCAUGCCACAGCUAUUGAUAACCACACCCAGCACCCAGCCAAGAGUACUGCAGUCUCUAGAUAGGAAUCUCAUCAUUUCCAAACCGGAGGUCUGCGUUCCAAGUGACAAAACCGUUUACACAACAAUCCGAGUAAAGCCAAAUAUGCCUUCAAUUGGUUCUGGAGGUUAUUCCCCCCAGGACAUUCCCUGGCAAGGCAGCACUGGCUCCUCUGUGGACACAGGUGCACACAGUCGGACCUCAAAUCCAGAGGACACGAGCGCCCAGUCCUCAGAAAUCUACAGUGUUGUGGCUGUCCACGUCCCUGCUGAACAGAAUGAAGACUUUCAGCAGGCAACCAAUGACAACAGAGAAACCAGUAACCUCCCAUCAUCUUCUAGUGGAGAAAGCUGGGAUAAAGGUGGAGCGAGUCCAAACCUGACCUCAAAUGGAGUACGACCGUUACCUGAUCUGGACCCUUGUGAAAGCAAUCCAGCCAGGCCACUGCUGUUGCAAACAGUGCGGGAUACCAACGGCCAACUUGUGUUGCCUUUACUCCCUUUUCAGUUACAGAGCAGCACAGAUGACACAGUAUCACCCCUUAACCCAGAGAGAAAACUACUUUUAUCUGACCUCAUAGACUCCAACAGGGACGGGCCAUCAUUGGCAUCCUUGCAGAGCUUCGACAGCUCAGAGUGGUCAGACUCAGGGUGUGAAGAUAGCGCUGUGCAAUCACCAACCCAGCCCUACAGCAACGAUCAUUAUUUCCAAACUCAACCAGUUGCUCCUUAUUUCCACCAGGAAUGUCAGAACACACCACCUGAUAAUGCCAUAUUUGAAUCAGGUUACAAACAAAACUGGAUCCCUGGAUGCAUCCAAAGACAGUUGUGAAUACAGAAAGACAAACUAUCCGUGGACUGGACGGGCCCAAAAAGGAGGAGUAAGGUGAGGAAGAUAAAGACAGAGGAGGAGAGACCAAGGCAAAUUCUUCUAGGAGGUUGGAUGGUACAAAUUCAAGAAUAAUUCUCCUCUCUAUAAUGUCUAAGACUUGCUUUUUCUUAUUUGGAUCAUCAAAUAACGUUAAAGACGUUUCAUCGCAGUACCCUCUUUUAACAAAAGGGAGAGGAGGAAGUUGAUGGCAGCACUGACAGGUGCUUUAGUGCCAAUACAAAACUGAAUGGCUUUGCUGCAUGUCUGAUGAUGCAGAGACAGAUGUUUAAACUCUCCUUCAACAUAGUCCAAAUUUAUCCUGAACCAAGUCAUAUUUAACAUCUGGAACUUUACAUAAAUGUUAUAUAAAAUAUGUGAUACAUUAUGCUUUGCUGCAAAUCUGGUUUUAUUUAUUAAUCCACAAUUGUAAAAUGUAAAAAAAUAAU